AAGCUCAGAAUCAGAAGAGAGUACAUGAGUUUCCUCUUCUGCCUCUUUGGUGAUUCUUAGCAUUUAUUAUUACUCACUCCUCCUGUGUUCAUUACAUUACAUACCAAACAAGAGCUCUCAAAUGGAAAGAUUUCAAGGACACAUCAACCCCUGUUUUUUCGAUCGAAAACCGGAUGUGAGAAGCUUAGAAGUUCAAGGAUUUGCAGAGGCUCAAAGCUUUGCCUUCAAAGAAGAAGAGGAAGAAAGCUUACAAGAUACAGUUCCAUUUCUACAGAUGCUGCAAAGUGAAGACCCCUCAGCGUUUUUUUCAAGCAAAGAGCCAAACUUUCUAACACUAUUAUCUCUUCAAACCCUCAAAGAGCCUUGGGAACUCGAAAGCUUUUCGGAAUUUCAUUCACCGAGGCAAUCCGAGACUAACCACUUCUAUCAGAAACCAAUUUCAGCAUCAUCCAUGGAAGGAGCCAAUCAAGCUUUGUCAAGCCAAGAACUUUUCUUAAGCCAAGCAAUCAUGACACUCCCUUCUUCUACCUCAUCACCACUCACUACAAAUUCAAGACGUAAGCGCAAAAUAAACCACUUGCUGCCUCAAGAAAUGACUCGAGAAAAGAGAAAGAGGAGGAAAACAAAACCAAGUAAAAACAUUGAAGAGAUUGAGAAUCAAAGAAUAAACCACAUUGCUGUUGAACGAAAUCGAAGACGUCAAAUGAACGAACAUAUCAACUCUCUCCGUGCCCUUCUCCCACCUUCCUACAUCCAACGAGGAGACCAAGCUUCCAUAGUAGGAGGAGCGAUAAACUACGUGAAGGUCCUAGAGCAAAUCAUACAAUCUCUUGAAUCGCAGAAGAGAACGCAACAAGAAAGCAGUGAGGUAGUAGAAAACGCAAUUAAUCAUCUCUCAGGCAUUUCGUCGAACGACUUGUGGACGACUCAGGAAGAUCAAACUUGUAUCCCAAAAAUCGAAGCUACAGUGAUACAAAAUCACGUCAGCCUCAAAGUUCAAUGCCCGAAGAAACAAGGACAACUUCUCAAAGGAAUCAUUUCACUCGAAAAGCUUAAACUCACUGUUCUUCAUCUCAAUAUCACUACUUCGUCUCAUUCCUCUGUUUCUUAUUCCUUCAACCUCAAGAUGGAGGAUGAGUGCGAAUUAGAAUCAGCCGACGAGAUUACGGCGGCGGUGCAUCAGAUUUUCGAUAUUCCGACGAUUUGAUUAAAACAAAUAUGGCCAAAAUAU